AUGUUGCGUCGGUUGCUAGUUCGUUGUCAUCAUACGGUUAUUGAUGCCAGUAGGCUUGAGUUUACUCAGAGGAAUAAUGUUAUAGAGAAGAAUUUGGGUCAAUUUUAUCCAUCUCUUUCGGCGCUUCCUUUAUCGAAGAAUCCAGUCUCGAUCCAACAAUUUCUAGCCAAAUAUUCUCAUGUGGAUGCAGAUGAUCCCGAAUCGAGCUGUAGUGUCAAUGGUAGAAUUAAGAAUAUCCGGUUCUCGGGUAAGAAGAUUUGUUUCGUUGAUCUUUAUGAUAAUUGUGGUGAAAAAUCACUACAACUGAUCAUUAAUUUUAAAAAAGUGGACUCUGAUGAUCAGGAAUCGUUCGAAUCUGAUCUUCGUUUUCUCAAGAUUGGUGACUAUGUUGAGGGUAUAGGGUAUCCUGGGGUUUCUCAGCGACAAAAGACUCUUUCGCUAAAGUGUACUCAGCUGCCGCGUAUUUUGUCAUGUGCUCAAAUGCCUCUGCCGCCCAGACUAAGCGAUUCAUCCAAGAUCAACCAAAAUCGGGUUGUCGAUUAUCAAGUGAACGGUGUGCAAACAUUGGUUCUACGGCACAGUAUUAUCCGUUCGAUUCGUAAAUUUCUCGACAACAGCCAGUUUGUGGAAGUUGAGACUCCUAUCUUGUCAUCGCAGAGUAAUGGAGCUGCUGCAGAGCCUUUCACAACGCGCUCUACCGCUCUGCCCGAGGGUUCCAAUCGUUUGGAGCUCAGAGUCGCCCCGGAACUGUGGUUGAAACGGCUGGUUGUUGGUGGACUUGAUAAAGUCUAUGAAAUUGGUAAAGUGUUUCGUAAUGAGGGUGUCGAUGCAGUGCACAACCCUGAAUUUACCACACUGGAAUUUUAUAAGAGCUUUACUUCCAUGGAACAACUGAUCGCGUUGUCAGAACAAUUAUUAAAGAGUAUUCUUCUCGAUCUGCGUCCACUGCACUCUAACGAAAUCAUCGAAGCGCUGAUCGCAGAAUUACAGCAAACCGAGUGGAAAUUUAAUAGAGUCGAGUUCAUACCGACGUUAUCGCAAGAACUCAACUUCGAUUUGACAACCAUAGAUCUCAACGAUCCAAGUGCCCUUUAUGCGAUCUUGCCAAAGGACUUGGGGUUACCACCAAAUCUGUCACCACAGCAAAUCCUCAAUAAACUGGCAUCCAUUUACAUCGAAGAGCGUUAUUGUAACUCUUUGCUGCCAACUUUGAUUUACCACCACCCAGCGGUAAUGUCACCUUUGGCUAAAACUCAUCCUCAGGAUCCUACUGUUACGAAAAGAUUCGAGAUAUUUAUCCGAGGCAGGGAGUAUAUAAACGCGUACGAGGAAGAAAACUGCCCACAGUUGCAGUUGGCGAAGUUCCAACAACAAAACAUGGCUAAUCAGCUUUAUAAGGACAAAGAAUCUCUCAGCGUCGAUCAAAAGUACGUAGACGCUAUGAAAUGGGGAAUGCCACCGGUAGGUGGAUUCGGUCUCGGUAUUGAUAGACUGUGCAUGUUGCUACUCAAUAAAGACCGCUUAGAAGAGGUUCUUUCCUUCGGUUGCCUCGAUGAUGUAAAUAGACAAUGA